AUGGCCGUCCAAUGCGGAAUAGCGAUCUGGUCGGCCCGAGUACAAAAUGUCGCGGAUCUCAUGCUGGUCAAUAUCCUCGGACGCUUCGUCGGCGCCCUCGGUGAAGUCAUGAUUCAGAUGACUGUCGCAGAUGUCUUCUUUGUCCAUCAACGUGGCUUGAUGAACAGCAUCUACAUCUGGACUCUGACCAUCGAUCUUCUCUAG